GUCUAUAAAUACGUCCCAAACUUAUGUCAAUUUGAAAUCAAGAUCACAGAACUCUAAUUCAAAGGCUCUUAAAGGUUCAAAGUUUCUCCCAAAGGCUCUCAAAAAAUCUCUCUUUAAGUAUUCCUUGGUUAAUUCUCCAUGGAAGCAACAAGUUUAGCCAUACAGGCCCCUACUUAUGGAAACCUAAUUACUGUUCUCAGCAUUGAUGGUGGUGGAAUUAGAGGAGUUAUUCCAGGAGUUAUCCUUAGUUUUUUAGAAUCUGAGCUUCAGAAGCUAGAUGGUGAAGAUGCAAGAAUUGCAGAUUAUUUUGAUGUGAUUGCAGGAACAAGCACAGGUGGUCUUGUGACUGCCAUGCUGGCUAGCCCAAAUGAAAAGAACCGACCCUUGUAUGCCGCCAAGGAUAUCAAGGACUUCUACCUAAACAACUGUCCAAAAAUCUUUCCACAAAAUAGUUUCCCGUUGUUUCCUCAAACUACAAAGAUAAUAAAAGCUCUAUCUGGGCCAAAAUACAAUGGCAAGUAUCUACAUAGCCUUGUCAAGGAAAAACUUGGAAACACAAGAUUGCACCAGACAUUGACGAAUGUUGUCAUCACAACAUUUGACAUCAAGCGACUCCAACCAACUAUCUUCUCCAGCUUUGAGGUGAAGAAAAACCCAAGCUUAGAUGCUUUAGUCUCAGACAUAUGCAUUGCAACCUCAGCUGCACCAACUUAUCUUCCAGCUCAUUACUUUGAAACCAAAGAUGCAGACGGAAAAGUGAGAGAAUUUAACCUUAUUGAUGGAGGAGUUGCUGCAAAUAAUCCGGCUUUAGUUGCAAUUGGUGAAGUAACAAAAGAGGUUAUCAGAGGAAGUCCUGACUUCCCCAUCAAACCAAUGGACUAUGGAAGGUUUCUGGUUAUAUCAUUAGGAACUGGAUAUUCCAAAGCUGAAGAGAAAUAUGAUGCACAUAAGGCAGCUAAGUGGGGUAUUUUGAGUUGGUUAACAAGCGGGGGUUCCACUCCUAUAGUUGAUGUAUUUACGCAAGCAAGUGCUGAUAUGGUUGAUGUACACAAUUCUGUAGUUUUCCAAGCCCUUCAUUCAGAGAAAAGCUACCUUCGGAUUCAGGAUGACGCGCUAAGUGGGGAUGUUACUUCUGUGGAUAAAGCCACAAAGAAAAAUUUGGAUGAUCUUGUGAAGGUUGGUGAAGGACUGUUGAAGAAACAAGUUUCUAGGGUGAAUUUGGACACCGGCCUUUUUGAGCCUACGAGUGAAGAGAGUAAUGAAGAGGCUCUCAAAAGGUUCGCAAAACUACUCUCCGAAGAGAAGCGGCUUCGCGAAACUAGGACUCCUCAUGGACAUGCUGCAAAGUCCAAAUGAUAUUAAAAAAAAUAAUAAUAAUAAAAAAAAAGAGUGAAUUCUUUCAUUGGUGUUGUAGAAACAGUUGUAACUUGUAAUAUUGAAGUGGAAGCAAAGAAAAUCCACCAUUUAAUUCUUUUAAA